AUGGCCAUGUUUCAAAAUACAAACUACGAUGUCAAGAUGUUUGGCCAGACAGUUACUGUUCCAGAUGCAGAUAUCGCGAAAGUCAUGUAUUACAUUGAUUGCGUAUGUACUGUAAUUGAAUACGAUGAUAAUGAUAUUCGAAGAUAUCGAAACUAUUCUAAUUGGAGAAAUAUGUCUGAUGAAGAGGAUAAACUUAUAUUUAUACUCGCAGCAACAUUGUCACCUGAUGAAUUCGAAGAUAAAGUUUUUUUUGAAAAUAAUGCACUGUGUCCUAAUAGUUCCAAUCAAUUUUAUGAAAUUGGACAAGUGAAAAAUCAAUUAUUAGUAGUUCAAUCGAUUGUCAUCGGUGGUCGAACACGUCAAGUUAAAAAGAUCAUGGCAUACAAAAGCAUAUGGAUGCAAAAAAAUUAUUAUCGACCGAUGCAACAACUUGCUUAUCGUUUCAGUCCACAAGGACAAAGAGAAGAAGCUAUGCGUCGUGCUGCAAUUUCUGAAGCGUGCGUUAUUUCUUAA